CCAGGACCCUGCAUUCACAAUACGUGGUCUUCCACAGUACACAGAACAUGGAAAUGCAAUUAUUUUAGUAAAUAUAAACUUCUAAAUACCUUUUCUCAUCAGCAGUUAGAGCAGUCUUGUGACUUCAGCAGAGCACUGGUUAAAGCUUGUAGGAGUUUUCUUUCUGCUCUAGGAGGAUGCAAAACCCCUGAUCUCUGUCUGGGCAGUGCUGAUUGGCCCUGUGCUGAUCACAUGCACCCUCCCAAGAAAAAAAAAAAACCCUCUCUAGCAAUACACACUAAACUGAGCAUGUGCAGAAGGGCUAUGGGUUCAGUCUGUCUUAUCAGGAGACAA